AGGAGAACGAGGAGCAAGAAGGAAGCCGGGAGCCGAGGUGCUCGGUCGGCCCCACAGCGCUGCUGCCUCUUGUCGCCGCCACUUCCCUGCUGGGCGUCAGCCUACCCGCGAACCUGAUCCGCCGCCGGAAACUCUGUGCUCGUCUCUCGGCGCGGCGGCGAGGUGUCGGCGGGGCGGUGGGGGCAACUUCUCGCACUUCUCCGGAGAAGACUCGGGGCCACUCCGUGCCGUGGGCCGCCGCAGCGGGAGAAGUUCCACCCCCUUCUCCCCCCCUUCCAACCCUCGAGCGCGGAGCGGCGACUGUGGCCCGGGAGCAGCUGGGUCGGGCGGGCGGCCGUGCCGAUGAAGCUGAGCCGGCAGUUCACGGUGUUCGGCAGCGCAGUUUUCUGCGUGGUGAUCUUCUCCCUCUACCUGAUGCUGGACCGCGGCCACUUCGACCACCCGAAGAGCCCGCGGCGGGAGGGCACCUUCCCCAAGGGUCAGCUUUCAAUAUUGCAAGAAAAAAUAGAUCACUUAGAACGCCUGUUGGCAGAAAAUAAUGAGAUUAUUUCAAACAUACGAGAUUCUGUGAUCAAUCUGAGUGAAUCAGUAAAGGAUGGGCAAAAAAAUCCAGAGGCUAUAAACUUCAGUCAAGGAUCUGUCUCUGAGCUCUUUCCUUCUGCUUCAGUUUUGCUUGCAGUUGAUUCUGAGGAUUGUUUGUUUGCUUCAAAAAGUGGAAGUCAUGGUUCAGGUGUACAGAUGUUGGAUGUCUAUGACAUCCUUCCUUUUGAUAAUCCAGAUGGCGGUGUGUGGAAACAAGGAUUUGAUAUCGCAUACAAUGAAAAUGAGUGGGACAGUGAACCACUUCAGGUUUUUGUUGUGCCUCACUCACAUAAUGACCCAGGUUGGCUGAAGACUUUUGAUGAUUACUUCAGAGAUCAGACACAGCAUAUCUUAAAUAAUAUGGUUAUAAAACUGCAAGAAGACAACCGAAGGAAAUUUAUGUGGUCUGAGAUUUCUUACUUUUCAAAAUGGUGGGAAGGAAUAGAUAGCCAAAAAAGGGAUGCUGUUAAAAGGUUACUAAAAGAUGGACAGUUUGAAAUAGUAACAGGAGGAUGGGUCAUGCCUGAUGAAGCCUCUCCUCAUUAUUUUGCUUUAAUUGACCAGCUGAUAGAAGGACAUCAAUGGCUAGAAAAGAACCUCGGAGUAAAACCAAAGUCUGGUUGGGCAAUUGAUCCUUUUGGGCAUUCACCAACUAUGGCCUACCUUCUGAAACGCACAGGAUUUUCCAAUAUGCUUAUACAGAGAGUUCAUUACUCAGUUAAAAAAUAUUUUGCAACACAGAAGACGCUAGAAUUUUUUUGGAGACAGAACUGGGAUUUAGGAUCAAGUACAGAUAUCCUUUGUCAUAUGAUGCCUUUCUAUAGCUAUGAUGUUCCUCAUACUUGUGGUCCAGAUCCGAAACUCUGCUGCCAGUUUGAUUUCAAACGUCUUCCUGGAGGAAGAGUAAGCUGCCCAUGGAGAGUUCCGCCAGAAGCCAUUCAUGCUGGAAAUGUUCAACACAGGGCUUGGCUUAUUUUAGAUCAGUACAGAAAGAAGUCAAAGCUUUUCCGUACUAAAGUUCUGUUGGCUCCACUUGGGGAUGACUUCCGCUACUCUGAGAGCUCAGAAUGGGAUCAACAGUACCAGAAUUAUCAGAAGCUAUUUGAUUAUAUGAAUUCUCAUCCUGAGUGGCAUGUUAAGGCCCAGUUUGGAACUUUAUCAGAUUACUUUGAAGCUCUGCGCAAAGAAAGCAGUUUGGGUGAAAAGAGCAGCAAUUCAUUUUUCCCUGUUUUAAGUGGCGACUUCUUCACCUAUGCAGACAGAGAUCAUCAUUAUUGGAGUGGAUACUUCACAUCACGACCCUUCUAUAAACGGCUGGAUAGAGUCCUGGAAUCCUACUUACGGGCAGCUGAAAUCCUCUACUCCUUGGCUUUGGUACAGUACAGUAAAUAUGAGAAAAUGAGUGUAUUUCCUUCAGUGGAUAACUAUAAAUUGCUGACAGAAGCUAGGAGGAACCUUGGACUCUUUCAGCAUCAUGAUGCUAUUACAGGAACAUCUAAAGAUUGGGUAGUUGUGGAUUAUGGCACUAGGCUUUUCCAUUCAAUAAUGAACUUGAAGAAAGUGAUAACUGACUCUGCUCAUAUUCUUAUCCUAAAGGAUAAAAGUGCUUAUAAUUAUGACACAUCAACUCCGUUCCUGAAGAUGGAUGACAUUCAGUCUGGCCAAGAUUCUUUGCCACACAAGACAGUUAUAAAGCUGACAUCGGAACCAAGAUACCUUUUGAUAUAUAAUCCUAUGGAACAAGAGCGAUUUUCAGUGGUUUCAGUCAGUGUGAAUUCACCCAGAGUUAAAUUACUAUCUCCUUUGGGAAAACCUGUUACUGUCCAGAUUAGUGCUGUUUGGAAUGGAGCAGCUACAGUAUCACAUGAAGCAUAUCAGAUCUCUUUUGUGGCACAUCUACCACCUCUGGGGCUUGGAGUUUACCAGCUUUUGGAGGUUCAGAGUUCAGAAGCAGUUUUAGCAGACUAUAAUAUAUAUAUGAGGAAGAGCAGGCAGGAGAAACCAGAUAGACUUUUCAAAAUAAAAGAGAUGGAGAAUUCUGUGGAUAAUAUAAUCUUGGAAAACACUUACAUGAAACUGUGGUUUUCUGGAAUGUCUGGAUUACUGGAGAAAAUAAGUACUAAAGAAGAUGGUAAAAAUCAUCAAAUGAAGGUGGAGUUUGCUUGGUAUGGAACUACAAGUAACCGGGAUAAAAGCGGAGCUUAUCUCUUCUUACCAGAUGGAGAUGCCAAGCCUUACAUUUUUACAGACCCACCUACCAUAAGAGUUGCUCAUGGAAGGAUUUUCUCAGAAGUUGUAUGUUUUUUCAACCAUGUGACACAUACCAUGCGACUAUAUAAAGUCCAGGGUUUGGAAGGCCAGUCUGUUGAAGUUUCCAAUAUUGUGGAUAUUAGAGGAGAAUAUAAUCGUGAGCUUGCAAUGAGAAUUUCGUCUGACAUAAACAGUGAAAAUAAAUUCUAUACUGAUCUUAAUGGAUAUCAGAUCCAGCCCAGACUGACGAUGAGCAAGUUACCUCUUCAAGCAAAUAUCUAUCCUAUGACUACAAUGGCUUAUAUCCAGGAUGCUGGUGUUCGUUUGACACUUCAUUCAGCUCAGUCUCUAGGUGUUGCAAGCUUGAAAAAUGGUCAGUUAGAAGUGAUCAUGGAUCGUCGACUUAUGCAGGAUGACAACCGUGGCCUUGGACAAGGUGUCCAAGAUAACAAGAUUACAGCUAAUGCCUUCCGACUUCUGCUGGAAAGAAGACAUGGAACAGAUGUGAAUCAAGAGAAGGCAUCAGUCAGUUUUCCAUCACUUCUUAGCCAUAUGACUUCUUCUUUCUUAAAUCAUCCUGUAAUUCCAAUGACAACAUAUGCUGAUUCUGGUGUCCCAGAGAUGCUAAAUACUUUUUCUCCACUUAUGUCAUCCAUGCCUUGUGACAUGCAUAUAGUCAAUCUAAGGACAAUCCAAUCAAAGGUAGAUACUGAGCCAUCUGAUGAAGCUGCUCUGAUUCUUCACAGAAAGGGAUUUGACUGUAGAUUUUCAAACAAAGACAUGGGUCUGCUCUGUUCCACUACUCAGGGAAAGGUAAAGGUGCAUAAACUCUUUAACAAAUUCAAAGUGGAAAGUCUUACACCCACAUCUUUAUCUUUGAUGCAUUCACCUCCAGAUGCCAGAAAUGUAAGUGAAAUAAGUAUGAGUUCUAUGGAGAUAAAUACCUUCCGAGUUCGGCUAAGAUGAAAGCUGGCUUUAAUACUCAGAUAAAGAGAAAUCUGCAGUUGUAUCUUCUCUAAGUUUUGCGUGCAAUAAGAAGCACAUUAUUAUUUUUCCAGCUUCUGGAUGCUGUGAGAGAACCAUGCAUUCUAUAAUUUUUUUUGACCAACACAGUGAAAAGCCAUGUUGCAAGCAGCUUACUUUGUUUGGCUGUUUUUUGUUUCUACUUACCCCACCUCCCCUUCCAUAUAAUAGCAGCAUCAGUAUAAGUUAAUGGAGCAAGUGAAGAAAUUUCUAAGGAUGUUAACCUCUCAACAGAUUAAAUCUCAGGUUAAAUGCUAACUAACUAUGUUUCUAGUGUUUUAAUUUUCGUAAAGAGGGGAUUGGAUUUUAAACAGCCUUCUUUGCUGAUCCUUGAUGAAUUUAUGUACAGAUAAUUCAGUGUAGAAGUCCUGAUGCAGCUUGUGAAUAAAAUAGAAUAAAAUGUUCUUACAUAGUAGCUAAUGUCCAAAUAUUUACAAUUGUUUAUAUAAAUGACAAUAAUCUCAAUUUAUUCCACAAUUAAUUUCAAUUUACUCAACAAAAAGGGGAUUAUUAAUUGUGGUAAAAUGAAAACCUGCAGUACUUGUAAUAAGUGAUGGUAGAUUUAAUAGUUCUACCAUUCACCUGAGUUAUGUAAAUACAAAAACAUGAACCUACAAAAUAAUUUUGCAAUGGAAAUGUUUAAUAAAACUCCCAUUUUAUUACUUGACACAUUGGGAUAUGUGCAAUUAUUCCAUUAUCAUGUAUGAUGAGAAAUGUCAAUAAUUGUCAUGAAUACAAGGUUUUUUUACAAAAGUCAGAUACAGUGUUCUUUGAAAUGAGUUUUCUAUUUCAAGGUUACCAUAUCAAGAUUAAUGUGCCUUAUUUUUUGAUACGUCUUGUUACAAUUUUGGUGUCUAUGUUAAUGUUUUUGGGGAAAGGUAGUUUAUAUAAUACUUAAGCUGUGUAUCUCCUAUUUGACAAUGCUGGCCACACUCUGAUCUGCACCAUGUUUGUGCUAUGUUAUUCUGAACAUUUUGACUAUUUGAAUGUAUUAAAAUGAUGUCAUAACAUGAAAUAAAAAAUAAUCACUGUAAAAUCUAAAUUCAGCUGCUUUCAUAGAGAAAUUGCAGCUUGAUGCAGAGAGUUGAUACUAAGCAAGGCAUAGUUGGCGAACCCAUCAGAACGUGCUUGCAUAUCGCAGACUGUGGUGACCUGUUAAUUCAGAAUCAUGUGCCUAUAUUUUAACAUUUUUCAAAUUUGCAACCUCACUUACAUUGCCAGUGUUCACCUUGACAGUGUUCACAUUACUGAAGAAUGGAGUCUUACUUUUGCUUUGUCUUCACUUAAUUCAUAUUUAGUGUGGAAGCCAUUCAAGUGUGAAAAAUAUUUCCCUAAGUAGAGUUGCUUUUUACAGUUAAUGUAUAUAAAUAUCCACUCGCCUAUGAUCCCAUUUCCUAAUCUUCAUUUAUUUUCACAACUUUCUUCUAUCUCUUGCUUAUGAAUUACUUUUGCAUACAUCAUUGCUUAUCUUUCAUACUAAUGCAUGAAAAGUCAUCGUAACUGGUAAAAAGAUGUGCUAUUUUCUAACUCUAGUAUCACAGUUAUUUAAUUUCAUCAUUGUUGUUCUACAGUGUAUCAAAUUAUAUCAUGUAGCUACAGGCUAUCUUAAGACAAAACGAAAGUGAAACUUUAAUUUCAUGCAUUGUCACAGGUUGGAUCUCUGAGAUCUAUAGAUUUCCCUACUUAAUUCAAUCUACUGUGCAUUUUGUAAUUAGUGGAAUACUUGCUAGGAUCUGGUGCAAGUUAAUAAUACAAGAACCACUAACCACAAGUGGAAAAUCAGACAGAUCCAGUAAAUAAAUGUUUUCAUGCAAUAAACAUGUACUGUAACUUUUAUUAGCUGUAGUAUUUGAAAAUACUGUUUUUUGUUGGAACUCGAAGCGUGGUAAGCUUGCCAGCAGAAAAUUCCCAUAACAUUUAUUUUUUUGCAUCCUCAGAAUUAAAAUGCUUCAGAGACUUACAUGUUCUGUACAAGAGCACGUUCAAAGUACUAUUUCAGUUUUGUUAGGCAGAAAAGUUAAAUUUUGAUGCAAUAAUAUCUUAAAGUAUUUUGCCUGUUAAAAUUGCUUCCAAAACAUGUUUCGUAUAGCAUUCAGUCUUUUCUUUUAUCAUCAGCUGUACAAUCAAGAUGCCUUCCUUAACCAGCAGAUUUAAUCUUUGUUCCUUUAUCUUGCAUUUUUUUUGUGUAACAAUUUGGGAUCCUUUCCUGAAAUCCUUAACUAAGCCAAAACUGCAGUCAAAGUCUGAUAAUAAAUUUUACUUUAAUUGGUUCAGAAUGUGACUAUUUAUGGGGUUUGGGAUUAUUUUUAACAAUUUAAAAUAAAUUCCUAGGCUGUAUUUUUUUAUAUUGGAUAUUUCAAUUAAGUUCUUGACUUUUUCUGUGCAUUGGCCACCUAAUUUAAUCAUAUUGUUUUAUUUUUUUUUUCUAUUUUAAAGCUGCUGGGUUUAUAACUACUGGUUAAGCGAACCAAGCAUCCUUACUUUCCUUCCAGUAGGGUUUUAAAGACAAUGUUGUUUAAGAAAUGGGUUUAAAUCUUGUAAUUACUUUCCAUACCAGAGUUGUACCUGUGCGGAAUUUUCUUUUACAUUCCUUUAUCUUAAAUGUCUUUGGUUUAUUUGCUCAUAUUGUCUGAAAUAAACUGAUUUCAACUGAAGGUUUUGAUACUUUUCUCUUGGAAGGUUUUAUAUCUCAUGGGGAUAUGUAAAAUAUGAUCUCUAAUAAAAUAUAGUGUUAUUGUGA